AUGUCUACUGGCGCCAUCGCGACGCUCCUGGGGCAACAGCCGUAUAGCUUCAGUGGGUUGAAGACAAUUGGAAAGAUAUUCUAUAUCCUGGACAUCGUUCUCUUCCUGACAUUCACUGCGUGUAUUUCCUACCGCUUCAUACACAAUCGCGGGUCUCUCAAACUCAGCUUACACCAUCCAUAUGAGAGCUUCUUUUUCGGCGCCUACUUUGUCAGUAUUGCGCUCAUCAUCUACUGCAUGGAGUUGUAUGGCGUUCCUUCAACUGGGCCAUGGCUCGUCAAAGCACUGGAAGUACUCUACUGGCUUUAUGCCGCGGUUGUGAUCCUGGUCGGCGUCUUCCAAUAUCACGUUAUCUUUGACCGAAGGCAUCUUCCCGUCGCCGACGCCAUGCCCUCGUGGAUAUUACCAAUCUAUCCCUUCUUGAUUCUCGGGGUUCUCGGCAGCACUCUGCUCAAGAGCCAGCCACCCGACGCUGGCUUCAAAAUAUUCAUUGGCAGCGUCACAUUCCAGGGCUUGGGCUGGACCAUUGCAUUCCUGAUGCUUACGCUGUACUUUACCCGCCUGGUCAACAGCAAUCUUCCCGAGAUUCCGAAGCGACCAGGCAUGUACGUGGCCGUUGGCCCAGCUGCCUACACAGCCAAUGCCUUCGUUGCGCUCGGUAUGCAGGCUCCGAAACACGUACCUGAGAAUCUACUCGGCAUCACCUCUUUCCCUGUUGGCGACGCAUUUAAAGCCAUUGGAGUGAUUGUUGGGAUAUUCCUGUGGCUGAUUUCAUUCUGGUUCAGCGCUAUCGCCACCGUCAGCAUCAUCAUCAGCGCUAAAGAGUCGCAUUUCACCCUUAACCACUGGGGCUUCAUUUUCCCAAACGCCGGCAUGACGAUUGCACUGAUCUACAUUGCCAAUGCGUUGGAAAGCCCGGGGAUCAAGGGUGUCUGCAGCGCCAUGACUAUCAUACUUGUCAUCUUGUGGAUUUGGGUUGCCAUACUCAAUGUGAAGGGCGUCUUGCAGAGGGAGGUGCUGUGGCCUGGCAAGGAUGAGGACAUGGAGGAUAUUGAAGGGCAUGGACAUAAGCCUGGUGAUGAAGAACAGGGACAGGAGGGUAGUGAAGCGUAG